AAAGAAACGUCAAAAUCAUCCGGUUGGACUGUGGAAGUUGAGCUGCUUUCGGGGAGUUGUUGAUGUUUACAAACGCGUAAAUUAAAAAGCAUAAACAUGGAUUCCGCACCGCAAGAGCUCUCAUUAGUGGAAAUUCGAAAUUUUAUGCUGCGAAAUAACUGCAAAGUGACAAAUCACGCAUUGGUGAAGCAUUUUCGUGCAUUUCUGACCAAUAAAGAAACCCAAGAUGAAGCAAGGAAACUUUUUAAAAGUUACGUUAAUACUCUGGCUUCGAUCAAGAACGACGGGCCGGAAAAGUUCCUUAUUUUGCGCAAAAAGUACAUCGAUGAGUGUCCAAGUGAAGAUGCCGUGAUUCUGAAUGUUCCAAUGAGCCCGGGCUCCCGAUCGUUAACAGCGGUUCCAUCAGAUAGUGAGAAUUCUCCCUUCAAAAACCCACCUCCGUAUCGUCCUCCUCCGGAAGUGCUUGAUCAGGUGAAUCCGUACCAGUACCAGGGAAGUCCCCGUGGAAGUAUUGCUCUAUCGCGGAAGAAUAGCUCAGACACCGGUCGAAGUGGUUCCGAGUACAGUUUUGGCAGUGAGUUUACCGGUAGUGAAAGAAAGAUUGGUUCGUCCGUGGUUAGAAGUGAUAGCGGUGAAUCCCGCCUGCGUUCCGAUCUGUCCAGAAAGCAAAGUUUAGAACUGUAUCGUUUAGAUAGCCAGGAAGAGCCUGCUCCGGCGAUUCCACCGCGGAAGCGUACAAGCAUUGACCAAACCGGUGGCCAAUUGCGACAAUUUUCGAUCGAAGAAAAAGUGAUUGAAUCCGCGAAAAAUGUUCCCCUGACCGCGAGUGACACUGUUGAGCGUGAGUCGAACAAGGAGAACUUAGAACAGCAAAUAGGGGCCGAGGGGAUAGUGGAUGGUGAUGACGGCAAAACUGCAAGCAUUGCCAAUACCGAACUGCAGCAGCAGCAAGAAGAAAACAAAUUGAGUGUUAAGGAGAAGAUGAUGAAAUUUAACCGCUUUGCCUCUGAGGAAGAAGCAAAAGUGCCUUCGCCACUAGGAAAGAAGAAGCCCGAGAAGAGUUUUGAUGACACAUUGAGCUCGGAAAACUUGCUCCAGCACCCAAAAGCCAAGGAAUGGCUGAUUGCUGCAGCCAACGCCAAUUACCAGGAGCUGGCAAAACUCUCUACGGACCAUCCCAAUUUGGUCAAGUUGCAGGAUAUGAGCACGGGUGUAAGUAUCAUUAUAUAUGUUUGUUCUGGUUGACGUAUAAUCACAGGUUCAAUUAUUAGGCUGACUUUAGGAGCUUAUGGAAUGAUGUAACUGAUAGUAAAAGCGAUGACAUACUCAACAUAGUAUGUACUUAUCUUAUAGCGGCAACUAAAAUAAGGUUCAAAAAUUCAAAUAAAUGGACGGAUUUUGUAAAGCAUCUGAUGCUUGUUAGAUCGCACUGAUUGCAUAAAACAUCAUUAAACAAUAUGUAAGCUAUCUUAUU